AUGACGAAGCGUCGAAGUAAGGGAGAAACUCAAUUAGUCAGUCAUCAUGAUAAAGCAAGCCCAAUCACUGAAACUGCUACUAUUUGUAAAACCGUCAUGAGGAAAGACGAUGCUAUAGCACUACAUCCUUUUUCUCAAGUGCCUGAAUUUCUCCAAAUCAAUCCUUAUAUUAUCGAUGGUUAUCGUGUUCAUCUAUCCUAUCAAUCCUGUCUCAAAAGCUUAUUCGUUUUAUCCAAUGAAACGAUCAAUAUUUGGACCCACUUACUAGGUUUUAUUAUUUUUGCCUACUUGCUAGUUUAUGACAACAUGUAUAUUGUUCCAUGGACUUUCCAGCAUCUUAUGGAUAGAAUUGUGGUUUCUUCAACCUCUCUAUUUUACAUGUCCACUUUAUUGUUGAGUACAUUAUUCCAUCUCUUUCAUUGUCAUUCUGAAGAAAGCUAUUGCAAAUGGUUAAAAAUUGAUGUUCGCGGCAUCGGGAUAGGAAUUAUUGGUGGAUUUUUGUCUGGCAUUUACGGAGCCUACUAUUGUCAUCAAGCAUUAUUGCUAACCUAUAGCAUUGCUUCGGUAGGAAUUAUUGCUACAUCAGCAUUUGUAUUAUCCCGAGCAAAGGAUGAAGUAAUCAAUGUAAGAGUUGGUAAAAUGAAACUCACUGUUCAUCGAAUCUACACUUAUAUGUUAGUCGUGGCCUUUGCUUUUAUUCCUAUUGGUCAUUUCAUAUACAUAAAUGGUGGAUUUGCCGUAGCUUUUGUUCGUAGAUUUGCAUUCGGUGCUGGUAUAAUGCUUGGUUGGGGUUUACUUGGCUGUCUCUUUCUAAUUUUUAAAUUUCCAGAAUGUCUAUUCCCUGGGAAAUUCGAUUAUAUAGCUUCCAGUCAUCAAUUUUGGCAUUUUUUAGGGCUUAUUUAUUAG